ACGAGCUGCAGCGAAAUCGUAGCGGGAGGGUCCGAAAUGGCAGCAAGUAGUAGUACAGAGGAUCUUUUACAGGAGCUUCUCAAUGUCGAGUUGGAGCUUCAAGAUGUUCAAGAUGAAAUAAAGAGCUUGCUUGAUAAGCAAGAGAAGCUGUAUGAGAAACAGUCAGAACUUAAAGCAGUGUUGGAAAGUUAUCAAGGAUUGGAAAAACCUGAUAAUGAUGGUGCAGCUCCUCAAGCAGAGAACUGGUCAGGGUCUUUUGAAUGGGAUGAUGAAGCUGAUGAUAUUAGAUUUAAUAUAUUUGGCAUACCUGGUUAUCGUGCAAACCAGCAGGAGAUCAUUAAUGCUAUCAUGAGCAGAAGAGAUGUGCUUGUUAUCAUGGCUGCUGGUGGAGGCAAGAGCCUCUGCUACCAACUUCCAGCUGUUAUACGUCAUGGAAUUGCUCUUGUUGUCAGUCCUUUGCUUUCUCUUAUUCAGGAUCAGGUUAUGGGGUUGACUGCUUUAGGGAUCCCAGCAUCUAUGCUAACCUCAACAACUAGCAAGGAAGAUGAGAAAUAUAUAUACAAAGCACUCGAAAAAGGAGAAGGGGACCUUAAAGUAUUGUAUGUUACACCAGAAAAAGUUUCCAAGAGCAAGAGAUUUGUGUCGAAACUUGAAAAGUGCCACCAUGCAGGCCGUCUUUCUUUGAUUGCAAUUGAUGAGGCACAUUGCUGUAGUCAGUGGGGUCAUGACUUCCGUCCAGACUACAAGAAUCUUGGUAUAUUGAAGACUCAGUUUCCUGAUGUACCUCUUGUUGCUUUGACUGCAACUGCUACAAAGAAGGUCCAAUUAGAUCUGAUGGCGAUGCUAAACAUUCCAAAAUGCAUAAAAUUUGUUAGCACAGUGAACAGACCAAAUCUGUUUUAUAUGGUUCGAGAGAAAUCAUCUGUUGGAAAGGUAGUCAUUGAUGACAUUGCUGAGUUCAUACAGAGUUCAUAUACAAACAAUGAAUCUGGAAUUGUUUAUUGCUUCUCCAGGAAGGAGUGUGAGCAGGUUGCAAAGGAAUUGCGUGAGAGAGGGGUUUCAGCUGAUCAUUAUCAUGCAGAUAUGGAUGUCAAUGUCCGUGAAAAAGUUCAUAUGCGGUGGAGCAGUAGCAAGUUGCAGGUCAUUGUUGGGACGGUGGCUUUUGGUAUGGGAAUUAACAAACCAGAUGUCAGGUUUGUCAUACAUCACAGCCUAGGUAAAUCAAUGGAGACUUACUACCAGGAAAGCGGUAGAGCAGGGCGGGACGGGCUUCCUUCUGAAUGUCUACUUUACUUUAGGCCUGCAGAUGUGCCUAGGCAGAGUUCCAUGGUCUUCUAUGAGAAUUCUGGGCUGCAAAAUCUAUAUGACAUGGUGCGAUAUUGUCAGUCUAAAAAAGAAUGCCGUCGAAGUGCUUUCUUCCGACAUUUUGCUGAGCCUCUGCAAGAUUGUAAUGGGAUGUGCGAUAACUGUGCCUUUUCAUGUGAGGUCAAGGAAAUUGAUGCAUCCGGCCAUGCAAGAGCUGUUGUAUCUUUGCUGCAAGAAAUCCAAGAAAAGGAUCAGAGAGCAACGAUGUUGCAACUGGUGGACAAAUUGAAGGUUAAAAACAAGGAAGUAGGGUUUGAGUUGAAGAAGGAUGAAUUAGAGCAACUUGUCAUUCAGCUUAUUCUCCACCGGGUAUUGAAAGAAGAAUUUUCUCAUACAGCUUAUGCCACUAAUGCUUAUGUGACAAUUGGUCCACUUGCAAAGCAUGUUUUGCAUGAGAAGAAGAUUAUUACGCUUGAGGUUACCAGUGGAGAAAGAAGUAGCACUGGCAUCACAAAAUCCUCCAAACGCAGCAGAUACUCGGGAUUGGAAGUCAAGCUUGAUAAUCUUCGCAAGGAACUCUCUUCUAUUCAUGGAGGAAUAUUUCCUCAUUCUAUUUUGUCAACACAGCAGAUCAGCAUGGUAUGCUCUCAGAAACCGGAAACAACAGAACAGUUGGAGAAGAUAAUUGGUAAACUGAAGACACAGAAAUAUGGAGAUAGAAUUCUUGAAGUGAUCGGAAAGCACGAAUUUGAUGAAGAACAAGGCCAUCAAGAUUCAUCAUCGGAUAAAGAACGGCAAACGAGCGUAAACAAAAGUGCAAAGAGAUCAAGAAAUAAGAAGGUGGUUGUCAUUGAGAGCAGUGAAAAUGAAGAUUGAAAGCAGGCUAAUAGACUUGUAUGUAGAGGACAACCUUGUUCCAUGUAUUGUUAGUCUUCUUCACCAAAGUGUGAAGCUGCUGCUGCUUGAAGCAGAUUUUUGGUUCAUCCGAUAACGGAAAGUCCUGUGACAGAGAUAACAACUUGAAGAUUGAGAUCCAUAUCUCAGUAGUCUAACCUUUCAUCAACGCUUCAACCUAAAGUUUUUCAUCA